AUGGCAGGCCUUGAAUGGCUUCGGUCAUAUAGAUCAAGGAAUCUGUAUUUAUCCUUGAAAAAACCAGAAUCCUGCAGCCUUGCUCGUGCCACCGCUUUUAACAAAGACACAGUUAAGAUGUUUUUUGAUAACUUAAAGAACGUUAUGGAACGCCACCCAUCUUUUGGAAAUGGCCGUAGAAUCUACAAUUUGGAUGAAACUGCUACUACAACCAUUCAGAAGCCGCUAAAAAUUAUAGCACCUAAAGGGCGCCAGAAUAUUUGUAAAAUAACUAGUGGAGAGAAGGGUACAUUAGUGACAACAUGUGCUAUUGUCUGUGCGUCUGGGCAAGCCUUACCUCCGGCGUUAGUUUUUCCAAGGAAGAACUUAAAGGAUUAUAUGAUGACUGGCGCCCCUAUUGGAUCCCUCGGACUUGCUAAUCCAAGUGGGUGGAUGAACGCAGAGUUGUUUAUUGAAGUAAUGAAGCAUUUUAUAAAACAUACCUCUGCAAGUUCAGAAAAUCCAGCUUUAUUAUUCAUGGACAAUCACGAAUCCCAUUUAAGUAUUGAAGCUUUGGACAUGGCGAAACGUUCUGGAGUGACAAUCCUUACAUUACACCCCCACACAACAAGUAAAAUCAACCUCUUGACGUGGGCUUAA